CACAGAUCACACCCACAAGAGUCACCGCAGACGGAAGUGGGGAUGGGAAUGUGUGCAUGACACAUGCUUGCAAACUUCCCCAGCUCCUUAUUCCCUCUCUCUCCCUGCCAGUGCCUAGCACUCCGCUCCCGGUGCUCCUGGACUAACCCAGCUGCUGUCAACAUGGGGAACAUAACUUGUGUUCCCCAGCCACCUGGGAGAUUCAGACACUCCUUCAGCAGGAAACCUUCCCUGAAGAAAGAACAAGACAGCAAGAAAAAACUGGCUAGCCUUUUUGGUAUUGAGUCAGGGCAGGAGAGAGACAUGACCACAGACAAAAUACUGCAGUAUAUUCCUGGGAAGAAUAUCACGAACCAGGAAUCAAAAGGAAAACUGGACCAGCGGUUUCCCAGCCUGUUCAAGAAAGGGCGGAGGAAGACAGUUGUAAGAAAUCUGGGGAAAAUUAUCUAUUACUCCAAGGUCAAAUAAUUCCAGCACUGCCAGGAGUUGAACGACUGCUACUUGGAACUGUUCCAGUCCUACCUGUACUUUCAGUCUGUUGGCUCAAAUGGACUGACCUAUCAGGGGCUGCUGCCACUGAAAGAGCUGAGCGUGUGUGAAACCGAAAAGGCAAAGAGCACUGAGCGGGAGGAACAUGCGUUCCGCAUUACAGGUCCCCUGCUGAAUCCCCUUAUCGUGUACUGCCCCAGCGAGUCAGAGCUCAGGCGAUGGCUUUAUCAUCUGGAGAAACAGAUCCACCUGAAUGGGGGGAACCUGGACGGGUCCUUCCUAUCUCAGAGCGACUGGAAGCAGAACUCCAUAGGGAAAGAGGAACUGAGGUGGUCUGUGCAGAACACACCUGUCCAAGAAUGGAGAGGGACCCAACGGGAGUCCCUAGGUGAUGUCCUCUGCGUCUCUAAAGUUAAGCUGCAGCAUUUGCCCUUCCAGGAGCAGCACGACAGGCUUUUGAUCCUGUACCCGUCCACGCUGGUGAUCGUCUCCGAAGAGCGCCAUGGCCUCUACUUUAAGGGAGAACUGCCACUGAAUGCAAUACAAGUUCAUUUUGAAGAAAACCAAAAAAGCUCCUUUCUAAUAGAAGGCCGACUAAUAAACUCGAUCCAGGUCAUUUGCCCAAGCUACGAAGAUUACCAGGAGUGGCUGUACUGCCUUAAAACAGCCCAGUUUCGAAAUGCUGACUCUUCCCUUUCGGGAUCAGAAAGCUUCUCGGGAUCAAAGCCACCACAUCUUGGGCAGUUCCCAGGCAGCGGGAGAGGCUCACUCACCUCCGAUGGCCGGACAAACUCCUGGACGUCACGAGGGAAACUGACCACCUCAACCCACCACUCCCAGCAUAGUGGCUCCAUCCCUGACCAGCAAUCAUUUGUUCUGAUGCCUGAAGGCAGAGUGACCGAAGACCCGCUGUCCCCAGGCUAUGCCCAGCCUGUCCAUUGCCUGGCAAACCCCAGCUGGCCAAGUACCGGGAUCCCCAAACCAGAACUGAAGAGGGGCGGCAGCGCUCGCAAGUCCAAAGGCAAAUGCGGACCUACCCAGCAGCUGCAGCCCGGCAGCCAGGACUCGGAAAGGACUGUGUUUAGCCUCAUUCCCGAAAACCCCAACAGGGAGCUGCUGUCGCCAGUGUACAACGAUCCCUACUCUCCAGUGAGCUGCCAGCAGCACCCAGUGGUCCCCCCGCUGCAUCUGGACUCGAACAACCUGAAUCAUUGGAGCUUGGGGGAAAGUCAGACUCUGGCAGCUCCCAGCUCUCUGGAGAAACCAGCCCUGCCCCGCUCUCCCUUGUACGCUGACCCCUACACCCCGACCCCCACCCCUGGACGCAGGGUUGCAGACUCUGACAUCCUGGAAGAGUUCUUAAGACGUCAUGGUCAGACUGGCUCAGAGCAGCUGAACGGCUAUGCAGAAAUCCCAGGGGCCCAUCAUCCUCCACUGCAGAAGAAGACCUCCCACCCGUUGUCUAGCAGUCGCGGCAGAGAGCCAUCCGCAGCGCAGAGAUACAGCAUCCCUGGCACCUCAUGUCACUUCCCGCAGGCAUCUCCCUCCGACACUUCCUGUUUUACAAACAUCCCCUCCUUGAGGGAAGAAUUUCUGGGCUCCUCACUGCAGUCCUCAGAGGGAAGCGCUGGUGUUUACAACCUGCCUGGGAAUGGCCGCGUGAGGCACGACUCUGCAUAUCAUGACUACGCGGAACUCCAAAGCUUCCACAGCGACUUCAGUUACGACAACCUCUGGGAGGCUGAGGAGAAGGAGUCGGGCAUCCGGCAGGCCGUGCCCUUCUCCUGCCAGCAGUUUUAUCAUGUAUGAAGACAGGAUGCCAAAGCAGUGCUCAUAAAAAGUCCCGGGCCUGCCUCACCCUGACCACUCUGCUUUCAGCCGUGCCUUUUAGCUGUGAAGCGUGUAAGGUGUGUAUAGAAUGAGCAGGGGGAAGGAUCCCUCCAGUGACUGGUCUCCUGUGUGUGCUGAGCUCUGGCUCCGGCAGGUUUUCAUCAUGUUGGAACUCUUCCACCAAAUCUUAAUACGAUGCCCACGAGCAUGAACAAGACUCUACGAAUCCUAAUGAACAAUGAAGUACCUCCCUACCCCCCAACAUUUUGACAGUAGUAGGGGAUCUUGGACGCUAGGCACUCUAAAGAAACCCACUUUCCUGGCUAUGUAGGGAACCGGGUUUCAUGAAUAGCCAUUGUUCCAUGCAGUAGAAAAGAAGCCUACUUCCUAAUCACACUCCCUUUGGCUAACAGGACAUUAUGUGUAUGGAAAGGUCGGUGACUCCGAGGAGAUAGAAGAGGAGAAACCGGUCAUUGGAUGGGUUAGCAUAUGUGUUAAGUAUUAAAGACCUAUGCAUCGGGAGACCUGGUCACUUUCCUUUUCAAUGGAGCUGCUUAGUUGGCGACAUCUGGGAUACCUUUAAACCUUGAGCUCUGUUGAUUAGCCAGACCUUUCCCCACUAAGCAUCAAGUCUGAGAAGCCCUGUGAGCAUUCACGAUCACCUAACAUCUGCAGCAUGGGUAACAACUGCACUCAGCCCAUUGACACGGUGCAAAAGUCAGAGCUGGCAAUGGAGGUAGGGUAGAUAGAAAUCCUGACCUGAUCCACAGGCCCUGCUCAAGCUAACAGAGGAGGGUCAUGUAGGGUCCACCUCUGUCUCUGGACACCGCUCAAUCUUCCCUGCUAGUGAUGGCCAGAGACUAAGGUGGUGGGUACUAAUGAAAGAAUCUGCAUAGCUUGGCCAGCAUUGAGAAAGAGACGAAGAGGAAAUCUGUUACCUGUGAAGUGCUCCAAAGGGCAUGCGUUUUCCAAAGAGUUCUCCAGGUGAGGAUACCCCUGGAUCCCUCUAUGAGACUUUUUCUCUCUCUCCAAUAAUCUAAGGAAGGCUGGUGUCCUGAGCUCCCCUCCAGAGCCCUUUGGAAGGCAGAAGACCACUGCACAAAACCCAUCCUUCCUGAGGGGGACAGUGUCUGAGCUUUAUCAUUUUCCAGCCGCUUCAGACGGAUCCUUCGGCACAUACAGGGUCAACAGCAAGCCAAGGUGCUUUACCCUAGGCUCCAAAUUCUAACCUGCAUUCCCCAAGCAAUCUGUAGAACAAAGCGUAUUAAGGAAAUCUCUUUCUUUCACUGGUGGAAGUGAAACAAGCCACUAGACUGUUGUACUUGAAAUUUUUUAGAAGGUAAUGAGCAAAGUUUACACGUAGGUUUUGAGUGGAAUAUUUGUAUUUAAUAUGUAAAUGUGGGUGAGUUAAAAACUUAUUUAAUUUUGUAGCUAUGGACUAUGAACAAUACUGUGAGACUACCAGCUGCUGACACAUCUGUGCUGUGUGGGAUGGUUGGGUCUUCUAGCUGUUUUUGUUUUGUUUCAGGUUUAACUUUCCUAUUGGGAGGGUUUAUAUAUAAUAACAACACAGAGAGGAGCUAUUUAUUAUGAACAGAAUUGCACUGGGGAAUGUCAGAGGCACAUAGUUUUCUGGGAUGCAGCUGGGCUCACUGAAUGUUGCUGUGUUCACUGAAAUCAAAGACCUUUUUCAAGAUCUAGAUUUUUAUAUAAAUAAUAGCAGAGAUUGCAAUGUUUCAAAAUAAUGUCCUGUAAAGUACUCCGGUCAAUUUCUGCAAGACUCUACAAUUCUAAUAAUAAUACACCCACCUGUCUUCAGAACUGAGUCUCUGUUUGUCCUCACCUGGUUUAACUGAGGGAUUGGUGGUUUUCUCUGUGUUGCUGUCAUUCCUUCCAGCACCUGAAGGACAAAAUUACUUUUCCCCACCCACCCGAAGUCUUUGAAUCACUAGCUGGAGGAAGAAUUUUCAGACUGCCGACAGCCUGCGCUGCUCAGUUUAGAUCAAUCAUGUGCAAACACCUUAUCUAGGAACAAAUUUUCCAGUGUGUUCUUCGGGAGAUGGGAUUUAUGCCAGAGGCUGGAACUCCAGAGUUUACAGACUCUGUUUUGCCCUGCUGUCCUUGGAAUCUUUCGGCUGGAAAGGUGCUUUGCAAGUAUCAGUCAAAGAAUUCAAAUUGCUCAACAGAUUUUACUGACCGGGGUCACUUUGCCUGCCUGCGAACUUUAUCAGUUAUGCUGGCUGCAGUCCAGUACUACAGGAAACUUGCAGAGGGCCAGCACGAGCUGAAGUAGAUCAUAAGUGAUGCAUAAACCUUUAGCUGAACAUUUGCACAGGAGUGGAUUUCACUCAAGAGGCACCUUCUCUGUCUCUCUUGUUUCUCAAUCUUUCAAACGAAUCUAGCAUUCUACAGCAGCUGUGACUGUACCAUCUAGCUGUAACAUCUUCCCCCUUUCCAGGGUGGGAGGGGGAAGGAAAUCAAUUAAGGCGUUCUGGGUGGAAGCUUUGCUUUGAGUGGAAAUAAAGUCCCAGGCCCAUUGGGUGAGUGGAGUGAAGGACAGACCCAGAUCUUCCAAGGUAGGCAUCUAAAUACUUUUGGAGAUUUAGAUGUCCCUCCAGGUUGGGAAUGGUAGGUCAGGCCAUGGGUUUGUCUCUGAAGUCCAUAAAGGGGAGAAGCAGCUCCAGUUCUCAAGACAGCGAUCGGGCAUUAAAGAAACUCUGGAUUUAGCCUGGAACAAGGCUUUACAAAUGUCACCCUGUCUCUACUCAUCUGCUGCUCCUGAUGGAGACAUCUCUUGUUCUUCUUUCAAACCUGAGUCACUUUUCCUUUCCUGUUUGUGACAGUCCACUCUUAGCCUGUUCGACUCUUAAAGAAAUGUUACCUUUUUACCUGGUUCCCCCUCUCUUGUGGAGAUCGAUUGAUGUGAGUAUGCAAAAGAGAGUGCAGCUACCUUCAAAACAUGCAGCUCAGGGUUGUAAGGAGGAGUUGGGACAAUGUCUGCACUGGAAGAGUUAACUCAGGGUCAGUGUUUAGGCCCAGCUUUUUAAAGCUAUUUAGGUGCUGCUGUGCUCGACCAUCGAUGGAAUUUAGACACCUGAAUGCCCACUUUGCUUUUGAAAAUGAGACUUACGUUCCUAAUGUAAUUAAACAUGGUGACGCUGAGCGCAGCAACGCCUAAUCUGGGCCUUAGUUACUAGAGAUCAAAGUACUGCAGAAAAUGCCUGUCAAAGAGAGAGAUUUGAUGGUGGUGAAAAUCUAGUGUAUUUAUCCCUCUACAGAAAAGAUUCCACCAAACUGCAUUCGUUGUGCCACCAGCUGAUUGUUGGGAGAUUAGGAGUUAUCACCCUGUCACUGAAAUACAGCCAUCUCUGGGGUGGAACUUGGCAAUCCUGGAACAGUACACAGUAAUGUAGCACAGGAGGAUAGAAAAGGAAGCCUACUUUAUCCAGAUGCAAGUGCAGGCAGGAUAGCGUGAGGCAGAAUGCAAUAACUGUGAUAUCUUGGCCAUCUUCCAUGCUGGGUAAUCUUGCAAAAAAAUGCCAUGGGGCUUUAAUGACCACAGUCCCAAGGCCUUGAUCAUAUGUCUCGUCUGAAAGACAAACCCUCUGACGUUGUUGCCCCUUCAUGCCGUUCUGGGCUGUUAGUUGAGUGCUUGCGAUGGGAGUAGUGCCAGCUAUUGGGGAGAGAGAGAUCUGCUGUGGAACUGAAGCCCCCAGCCCAGAACGUCAUUGAUUAAUUGAUCUCUAAGACCUGGGCUGCAGACCGUUUUUGGCCUGAUAGAACUAGGCUGGUUACGGGGGUGGCUUUGUUUUCUAAUCCAAAUAGUUAUAAUGGUAUGGACCCAACUGUGGACCAGUUAUACUGGUAUAGCUUAGUUCCUUUCCGAUAUAGGAAUAUGCCACUUUUAUAUUGAUGUAACUGCAUCUGAUGCCACGCUUGGGGGAGCAGGGGGAAGGGGUGGUACCACUUUAAUAAUACUGGCUUAGUUUAAGUGGUAGCACUUUUGUGGGUGGACGAGCCCUAAAACGGUCCCCAGUCAGCACCCCUAAACAGUGGGUAAGUUUAGAUCCCAGUCCAAGAUUCACAGCAGCCCCUAAUAUUUUCCCUGGGAGCUACUGACCCAGCCUGACCCUGGCUGUUUAGCUGUUGGGAGCUGCUAUUGCAGACUGCAGUGGUAUAUUUUUAAGCUCUACCUUAUACUCUUCUCUUGUGACUGAAAACCCACCUCGCUCUCCGACAUGUUUUUCAGCCAGUCCAAGGUUUUUAAAUAGAGAGUUUAAUUAAAGUAACAUUAGCUAUCUCAGUGCUGUCAAUGGGGUGUUACUGGUCAGCCUCAUCUUAUGCCAUUGCUUCUGCCCCCCUGAUUAGCUGAUUCCCAAAUCCACUAAGAGUGUUGAACAGGGCUGCGUGAGAGUGCUAUGUGGCGUUUGCACGAGGCUAUGUGGCGUGUUCUCUUUCCACUGAUGUUCUUGUGAACUUGUUGCUCGCACAAAUGCUCGUGAGGGAGUUGUGAAUACUCAAACCUCUCAGAAUUAAUGUGUGGCUUUAACUGAACAGCAGUGUUUUUGCCAGGGCUCUGCAGCCUG